CGAAAACGCCGCUGUCGUCUUCCAUAGAUCGCAGUUGCGGAUACUCCUCGUGCUUCCACCGAAGUCAGCUCUCCGUCAUGUCGUCAUCACCCGAAGUUGUACAUGCUAACCCGCACACCGAGUACAUGAAGCAGAGCCUAUGCAUCUUCGUCAUCGGCGCGUCGGGGGACCUGGCCAAGAAGAAGACGUAUCCGUCACUGUACGAGCUAUACGUGCACAACUUCCUGCCGACACACACCAUCAUCUGCGGCUACGCCCGCUCGAACAAGUCGGACGAUGAAUUCCGAGCAUUCUUGUCUCCGUUUUUGAAGUCGUCGGUGGAUGUGGACGGCCGCAAGAAACUGCAGUUUCUAAACAUGUGCGUGUACCGUCAUGGCGGGUAUGAUUCCGUUGCAGACGUCGGUGCCGUGGCCGCGGAGAUGUCGUCGCUCGAAGGGAGCACGGGACUUGGCGUGCACAAUCGGCUGUUCUACUUUGCGAUCCCGCCCAAUGUGUUUGUCCCGGCGGGGACCGCCAUCAAACACGCGGCGCUGUCCACGUCUGGUUGGAACCGCUUGAUUGUCGAGAAGCCGUUUGGUCAUGAUCUAGCGUCCUGCAACGAGCUCUGCGAUGCGAUGGGCGCGUUGUACGACGAAGACGCGAUUUACCGCAUCGACCACUACCUGGGCAAGGAAAUGGUGCAAAACUUGCUGGUGUUGCGGUUUUCGAACGCCACACUGGAGCCGCUGUGGAACCGCCGCCACAUUUCUAGCGUCACGAUCACGUUCAAAGAAGACAUCGGCACGAUGGGCCGAGGGGGGUACUUUGACUCGUACGGGAUCAUCCGCGACGUGAUGCAGAACCACCUGCUUCAAGUGCUGUCGUUGGUCGCGAUGGAGCCCCCGGUGCGCUGCACGGGAGACGACCACGCGACGUUCGUCCGCAACGAGAAGGUCAAGGUGCUGCGGUGCAUCGAACCGGUAGAGCUGGACGACGUUGUCUUGGGACAGUAUGUCGGCAACGCCAAGGAGCCGGGGUACCUCGAUGACAAGACCGUUCCCCCUGGGUCCACCACCCCCACGUAUUGCACUGCCGUAUUGCGCGUCAACAAUGCCAGAUGGGAUGGUGUGCCGUUCAUCAUGAAGGCGGGCAAGGCCCUGAACGAGCGCAAGGCCGAAGUGCGCAUUCAGUUCCGUGAGGCGGCGGGGGCGACGCAAAUGUUUCCCAACAUGGUCAUCCCGCGCAACGAGCUCGUGUUGAGGCUGCAGCCCAGCGAAGCCGUGUACCUCAAGACCAACGUCAAGUCACCCGGCCUGCGCACGACCCCCAUCUCAAGCGAACUCGACUUAAGCUACGCUGCACGAUACGCUGACACGCACAUGCCCGACGCAUACACCCGCCUCAUGCUGGAUGUGUUGCGCGGGUACCAGUCCAUGUUUGUCCGCAACGACGAACUGCAAGCCGCAUGGGCCAUCUUCACGCCUCUUCUGCAAGAGAUCGAAACCAAGAAGGUCAAGCCGUUGCCGUAUGCGUUUGGGUCGCGAGGUCCCGUCGAGAGCGACGAUCUGUCUGCCAAGCAUGGAUUCAUCUACCAUCAAGGCGACUACAAGUGGCAGCCUGUCACGUCCAGUCUCUAAGAAACCCUCUCCUUCUUCCUUGUUCUGCACCGCCACCACACCCUCCAUCAUCUGCAUGUUCACGCUUGAUUGUCGCCUCCCCUAAGCAUCCACAGAGCUCGGUGUUGUUUUGAGCACUUUCGAAAACCAAAUUUAUUUAUUUUUCCACCCAUAUUAUCUUGUGUUUACAAUAUAUUUAUUCUACCUGUUUACACA